GCCCGCCCCACCGGGGCUGCAGCCGCCGCGGGGGAUUGGCUGCGGAGGAGUGGCCCCGCCCCGCGCCCCGCUGGCGUCGGAGGAGGCGGAGCUCCUAGAGAGGAGGCGCGAAGGCUUGGUGUCUGGGCCGCUGGCUGGACGCACCUGGCCCGGCAGAGGAGAUCCGGUUGGAAAGAAACUGCAGCAUGUCCUGGAGCAGCAGUGACUUCGGACCCUCUGCAAAAGUAUCUGGGGAGAAUGGCGCGUUGGAGGAGCAGAAAUCUCCAAAAUUCAAGAAAAGAGAGACAGAGGUGUACAUUGGCAAUCUCCCACUGGACAUCUCUGAGGAGGAGAUUCGGUGCCUUCUGAAGGACUUCAGCCCUCUCCGUGUCCACAGAGUCCAGAAUGGCUGCAGAUGCUUCGCAUUCGUAGAUCUGGGCUCUAUGCAGAAAGUGGCACUUGCGAUCCAGGCGCUGAAUGGGAAGCUCUUCCACAAGCGAAAACUGUACGUGAAUUCCAACAACAGGUCUCCCAAGAGGACCCCUGAGGAGACUGAGCGGCCCCGGGAGCUUCUGAUUUCAGAGAAGGCCUCUGCUCAAGGAUUUGCUGGAACCACUGCUUGUCCACAGCUCACUCCUAAAGCUUCUGGUGAGCCCUGUGAGACAGAGAAACCCAAGACAAGCUUCUUUGCAGUUCCCAUGGAAAUGAGAGGGUCCUUCUUGGUGCUGCUCCUAAGGGAAUGUUUCCGAGACCUGGGCUGGCUGGCCACCAUCCCCAGCAUCGGCGGGGAGGUGGGGCUGUUGGUGACCAGUACUGUCCCUCAGACCCCCUUCUUCUGGGCCAUGCACAUCACUGAGACACUGUACCAGAACAUGCAGGCCCUGUUCAGCGCCCUGGCCGAGGCGGAGGAGCAGCAGCCCUACCUGCAGGACUCAGCGGUGCGGCGCGGGACACGCGGUCUGGCCGAGUACCACCUGGGCGAUUACGGCCCGGCCUGGAACAGGUGCUGGGUGCUGGACCGCGCGGACUCCUGGGUGGUGGUCAUGUUCGUGGAUUUUGGCCGAUCGGCCACCAUCCCUGUGCAGUCCCUGCGCACCCUGGACAGUGAUGACUUCUGGACCAUCCCCCCCCUGACUCAGCCCUUCAUGCUGGAGAAAGGUAUUUUGAGUUCAAAUCAGGUUAUUCAUCGCAUCCUCAAAGGGAAAAUCACUGGUGCUUUGAACUUGGAGUCACACAUCCUGAAGUUUGAAGAGUUUAAGUGACGUGGCUGCGAUCAGCAUGCUCCCUCUCCUAUCUGGAUUCUGCCCUCCUGCCCUUUCCCUCUUGAGGCCUUGGGGGUGCUCAGGACUGAUUGGAUCCCCCUUUGCCUUCCCCCAGCUCACUUCUCAGUGUGUCGUGUGUCUUCACCGUGAACAUUUGAACCAAACAGGGAAGCUUCCAUGAGGUUGAAAGUCUGAUGUAGCCAGUGUAUUUUUUCCCUUUUUUUUUUUUUUGUAACCCCAGAGCAUGAUGUAAGUUGCCCUGACAGAUUCUGGAGAAUGGAGGGGCCCACUGCUUAACUUUCCUUGGCAUUCCAGCGUAGAAUCAGGUAGGGGGCAUCUGAACACUGACCUGUCGGCUUGGUGAAUAAGCGUCGGCAUACUUCACAUUUGGGGUGACUGAUUCCUAUCUAGCCACCCCCCCCAACCCUGCCCUCUAAAGCUGAAGCCACAGGCUGGGAGCUGCCGUGUGCCGGCUAUUCAAACCCUGUGGGACAUAGAUGUACACUCGUGCAAGAUAAGGUUUGUUUCUUUUCUUCGCCUUCUUGGUAGACAGAACACUGGUUCCAGAUGAUGUGGCCUUUUUUUUUUUUCCCUUAACCAUGUAACUUCAUUAGGAGCCUAACGUAAGGUCACAGAAAGGACUGCUAGGUUUGAUAAGAUUUUCUUGGAGAGUUGGUGUUUAUAUAGCUACAGCGCACAGGAGCUGGUGCUUCCCUUUACAUCAGGUGAAUGUGAUCCCCCCAUUCUUUCUUUAAAUAAUAAUUUGAUUAGAGCCAAACUAUUUAAAUAAUUUUAUUUGUUCCAUCCUUUGGUAGAUGAGAAAAAUACAUUACAAAAUACAUUGUACAGAGGACAGCUCACAGCACACAUUACUAAAAACACAACCUAUAGUACGUUCCAGACAGGGCUGGUGAUAAGUCCAGAAAAAAGGCAGAGGCCUUGAGAACUAGAUCUCAGCUCCAUGAAAUGAGUUUCCUUGUGGGUGCCUGCCCUCUUUACCUCCACCUCAGCAUAAAUGAGCACCCUGUACCAGGUGGGUGUGGUAGGGUUAGAGCAGCGUUGAGUGGUUCCGGUGAACUCUGCAUCCACCUGAAGCAGCAAGACAUGAACAUCCCUUAAUUGGGGGCGGGGGGAGUGACCAAAGUUAAAAUAGUUGUGUCAAAGCAUACAGAACUCUGGCAUCCUAGAGGUUUCAGAUGGCUGUGCUGUUUAAGCUAAGACACAUCCUCAUCCUCACUUGGCCAUCCCUGGCCUCUGGCAUUUCACCAUCCAGUCUGUAGGCAGGUUCUGGAGGCCGUCUCUGCCCCCGAGCAAGCUCGCGGACCAGGAGGCGGCACAGAUGUACUUACACAGCAGGCACAGACCCAGCACCGGCAGGUCAGCUCAUGGACCUGCCUCCACAGCGGUUCUGAGCCUGAGUGGGGCCCACAGGUAGAUGGACCAAACCCCUUAAAGCCAAUCCUUUCCAGUAGGACCCACAUUAUGAAAGUGCCUUAGAAGAAUUCAGUCUCCAAGCCAAACAACUUACUUCGGAGCUCUGCCUGGCUCUUCUGUUAGGAAUAAAUGAAGCAACAGACAAGGGGAGCAGCAACGGAGCUCCCAACCAUCGCCCUUCAGUGCCACUUCCUGGGAAGGGUGACCAGUGAACACGAACGGUAGCUACACAGCCUGUUGCUGAGAUCAGGAGGACCACAUACAUGCUUGAGACUGGCCCCAUUCCUAUUCAGUUUAUUUAAAAGUAGUUCUGUGAAGCAGCCUCUUAGGCCUCCUUGUUAUUUUUCUUAGAAAUUUGAAAACAUCUGUGACUAGAAGUUAAGAAUAAGGGUCAUCAUUUCAGCCUGCUUUGCGGUUCAGCAGGCUGAGCUCUGCCUUCCAGGGGGUACAAGUCUGGUCACUCCAGAGCCCUUUAGGCUGAGGCAGGCAUGUGCUUCAGCUCCACCUUUCUCUGACUUUAGCAGUGAAGUGCAGCCCCUCAUGGCUCCCAAAGCCACAGUGACCCUGGUACCCCUCCCCCAACUGCUGAAGGAAUUCAGGGGAUGGGGGAAGGGUAAGCUAUGAAAAUAAAGAUGAGUCAAAACCAGCGUCUUCAAAUUAACAAACUGUAAUUGUUUUCCCAAAGAUACAUUUUUUUUCAUACACAUCCAUCAUACACUGUAACCAAAAAAAGCAGUGUACAUGAAAUAAGAGAAAAUAAAUUAAAAAUCCAUAGCAUAGGUAAGGAGGCUCUAGUCUGGAGCACAGCUGAGUUUCCAGCAAUAUAAGGAGGCUCGAAAGUUUCUUUUAUAAGAAUGCCUGCUAGCAAGGGUUCCAGCCAGGUGGUUGGUUGGUCUGUAAGUCAGUCUUGAGUACUUGAAACAGUUCUGUGUGUGUGUUUUUUUUCCCUUAGCGUUUAGAAUAGCCAUCAUUGUCCUGCAAUAGGCAGAGCUAUCACGUCCAGGAAAAAUGAGGGAGGGAAC